GACUGGAAAGUGCAAAGUGAAACCGUUGGCUACUCGUCGCGUCGCAAUGCAAAAGCGAGCCGAGACGGCGGCGUUGGCGGCGUGCCACUCGACGUUGGCGACGCGCGGCCUUGUGCCCAAAGAUGCGCGGGCAACGUUUCUCGCGGGCUCGGCCGAGCUCAUGGACCACUUGCGCAAGACGAUUGCGGCCACGUACGCGCCAGAGGAGAACGCAGCGCGCGUGCAGGACUGGCGCGACCGCGCGAUGGUCGACUUGCGCAAGAAGACGCUCUCCUCCGACAUGCGCCGCGUCUACGGCGACGUCUUGGACUUGGCGCAAACCAAGAUGCGCGAUCUCCUGGAUGCGACCUCCAGCCGCGCGGUCGAGACACUCUCGCCGGUCGUCGACCACGUUGCAUUCAACCUGCGCCGGCAGUGCGAGUACCUGAAUGCGGCCGUGAGCUUGGACAUUGAGCGCCACACGGACGCUCAGUCGGUGCUCUUCGACGCCAAAGACGAGGAGAUGCACGCGCUACGAAGUGAAAUAACCCGCGUUAACGACCGGCUGCGCGCUCUGGAGGCUACGCAUGACGUCGGCGACGCGACACUCUGCAACGAGCUCCGACAGCGCUGCAAGGACUUGGAAGUGACGCAGAGCGCUCUUCACGGACAAACGCGGGUAGUGGAGACCGCUCUCCACGCAGCGCAACGCACAAUCACGCGCCUCGAGUCAGAGCUGCACACUCUCUCGGCGACGUUUGAGCUCACAAAAGCCAUGUACAAGAAGGAGACGACGCAGCUCAUGACGUCGAUUCGGCAGGCCUCGGUACCAACAACGACAACAACAAUGAGCCCGACGAAGUACGAGCCCAACUCGAUGCGCACACUGAGCUUUGCAGCGCCCGAGUCGCCGACGCGGCCAAAGUCUUCGUCGUCGCCGCGCCGCACAAUGGCGACUGCAGCCCGCUCAGGCACGGAUCCGCCGCCGCGAGGCGCCGUCACACGCCCAUAUGUACUCUGUGCAACGCAGCACACAACCAAUCCAAGCUGAUUAUGCAUGCUCUGACCUACUCUAGUGCAGUACCACUGGUACCCAAGCAGCGUAGCUAGCCCCGAGGUUUGUCACAAGGUGAGUUCGCUCGCUACAGCUCAUAUUGUAGAAUCAAAGCUACAAAAAACUGCAGUCGGUGGUGGGGUG